UGCCAUUGCGGCGAGUCUCCGGCGCAACCUCCCGCUCUUUCUCUACUACCACACCCUUUCAGAGUCCUCUUAGAUACUGGCCACGGUGCCAGUGCGCCAUCAAAGGCAAUGGUAUCCUCAUUUUGCUGGAGUUGCCUGACGCGGCUCCCAACAGCGUCUCCCCGGGCUAUGCUUCCGCCAACCCUGACAGCCCAGCGAGUCGCGGCUUUUCACACAUCGGGUACACUUUUGGCUUCACCUCUUAAGAAAAAGGCAAACCCUCAGUCAUCGGGCCCGGGAUAUCGUUCAAAGCAAGGCGUGAAACUGAAGAAGAAGAAGCACGUCGAGAGGGCGCGCCCUCCUCCCGUCGGAGAGCGGAGAGCGCUCCGGAAACGCAUUGUUCUCAGCAACCCUAACGCCCUAGAAGUUGCAGACAUGCAGGAUAUCUCUGCAGAUAAUAUGGUGGACUCGCGUCUUCGUGGUACCAUUCUUGGCUUGCCUGUGCCCAUGCUGGAUCAAUUGAGGGCUGUUCAAGCCUUCAAGCCCAAGCAAGGUUGGUCUAUUUUCCGCCGGCCCGGCACGGUGACUAGACGGGAAACUCUUGAACUUGGUCGGUUGAUCGAUGGUAUAUCCGACAAACCUGAGGAUAAGGGCAAGGUUGUCAAGAGAAUCAUCACAGGACCGAAAGGAACCGGAAAGACAGUUCAUCUCCUUCAAGCCAUGUCAAUGGCUUUCACUAAGGAAUGGGUUGUUGUUACUGUUCCCGAAUGUCAGGACCUUGUGUUGGCCAACACUAGCUACGCCCCCCUCUCGGAUGAGAACCCCCAUUUAUAUGUUCAAAACCAGGCCAUUGCCGCCCUCUUGUCCCGCACUGUGACGGCCAACAAAAAUGUCCUAUACAAGCUGAAGGUUUCUCGAGAACACUCGGCGCUCAAGUCCCCCGUGAAGCCGGGCACGACGCUUGAGGAUCUCGCGAAUCUUGGUAUCCAAGAUCCCGCCACCGCUUGGCCCGUCUUCCAAGCUUUGUGGACCGAACUCACAGCUACUUCCCCUGCUUCUGGCUUUGAAAAGGACUUCACACCGCGUCCUCCCAUGCUUGUUGCCGUGGACGGUUUGGCCCACUGGAUGAAGGACACCAAGUAUCGCUCUGCCAAGUUCGAGUUCAUCCACGCUCACGACCUCGUGUUUGUCCAGCAUUUUCUCUCCCUCCUCCAGCCUGGCAAGAACCAACAGUCCGCUUUGCCCAAUGGUGGUCUUCUGCUUUACGCCACCUCCGCCUCCAACAACCCCUCCGUCUACAGUCUUGAUGUUGCUCUUCAGCGGGUGGCCGCUCGCCAAGAAGGCGUGGAUCCCUCGAGCCCGGACUACCCCGCCCCCGUCGCCUACAGCAACCCUGACCAGCGUGUGCUUGCCGCGCUCGACUCCCCCAAGUCCUCCAUCCCCACAGAGGGAACAUUGGAGCUUCAGAAGAUCUCCGGUGUCUCCCGCGAAGAAGCCCGGGGCCUCAUGGAGUACUUCGCACGCAGCGGUCUUUUGAGACAGCAGAUCACUGAAGAGUGGGUCAAUGAGAAGUGGACUCUGGCUGGUGGGGGUGUAAUCGGCGAGCUUGAAAAGCUGGGAAGACGGCUCACGGUGUCUGCCUAGAUCGACGGGCUAUUAUUUGGAUGAAGACCAGGGAGAGGAGCUGGAGAGGAGCAGUAUCUAUUGCUCCUUAAGACACUACUCGCCACAUCCUGUGUCCUAGAGAGGUGCGUUGUAUGUAUCUGUAUGUAAAAUCUAUGUCGUCUUGCCUGUGCAUCCCUUAUUUUCGCAUUCAUUGGUCUGUGAUGAUCUAGAUAGACUGGUUCUUUUUCUUUUUUUUCUUUUCUUUUUCAUGGAUAGUUCCUGGUCGUUCUCCUACGACAAGCUGUGUAUUCGAUGUGAUUGGGUUUCACUUGUAUGCGUGGCUUUCAUGUCAUUGUGUAUGCGUCUAAUGGAAUAUUAUUUC